UUUUACACAGCUAAACUUUCCGUUGGACGGAGAUUUUGCUGUAAAACGCAGCUAAAAAUGACACUCAGAUCAAAGGCUGCGUGUUUCAAGUCCAAGUUUAUAACUGCUGAGCUGGCUGAUCUGUUCAGCAAGUCAGACAGUGAAGGGGAGUUUGAAGGUUUCAGCGAUGGUGAGGAGGAAGAGGACAGAGGAUGCUAUAACAAGAGACUGAAGACCAAGAUGGUAGAGUCAGAGGAGGACAGUGAUGUCGACACAGGCUUUUACUCUGAUGGUGAGGAGGCCCCCCCGCAAAAGAGGAGGAGUCUUUUAGUAGCCCUGAGGUUUCCCAUCAAAAGACUAUCUACCCCCAAACAGGAACCACAAAAGAAAAAUGUGAAAAAGCCAGUCAAAGAAACUCCUCGUUCACAGAGAGCCAAGCAGAGGAUGAAGCAGCAGGAUGAGGGAGAAGAGGAGGAGCAGGAGGAAGACAAAGAGGAUGUCUUGUCUCAGAGCCUAAGGAAGCGAGACAAGAACAUCCAGGAAAAUAAGGCCAUGCUGGCUAAGCUGUUUGCUGAUCUGAGCAGCAUGGCUGACCUGACUCUGCCCACAAGUCCUCAAAAGAAGAAGCGCGUUUCAGACAAAACAACGCCACGGAAACGCAAAUUUGAACCAGAAAGGGGGUCAGAGAGGAGGAACCCAUCCCGUAAGGCCCGCCCUCCUGAGAACUUUGCAGUGGAGGAAAAGAGCGAGCCCCUCACCCAAAGAAGCCCCGGAACUGUAGACAUCAGGAGACUGGUGGAGGUGGAUGAGGAACAUGUUGGUGAGAAGCGGAAGAAGAGGAAGAGCCACAGUUCCAGGAGGAGCCAAUAUGAGGUGAAAUCAGUCGACGAGAUCACCAAAGAAGAUCUGGACAACAUAGCGCACCGCAGCAAAGACAAGAUCUGGGACAAAGAGAAUGGAAGCUCCUGUCACCAGUGCCGACAGAAAACUCUGGACACCAAGACAGUGUGUCGCAGUGGUUUCUGUUCAGGGGGCAAAGGUCAGUUCUGUGGGCCGUGUCUGAAGAACCGCUACGGAGAGGAUGUACGCACAGUGCUGCUUGACCCGGAAUGGUCAUGUCCCAUCUGCCGAGACAUGUGUAACUGCAGCCUGUGUAGAAAAAAGGAGGGUCGCUGUGCUACCGGCAUCUUGGUGGGAUUGGCCCGCUACAACGGCCACGACAAUGUUCAUGAGUAUCUAAAGAGCAUUCAGAGGGAGCUGAAGUGAGAGCCCAGAGAGGAGAAUGUACUGGUAUAGCUGAAACCUGGAGCCGCUCUUGUGCUGCACAGUACUGUAGAACUCAUUUUAAUGCACAUUCUUAAGUUUAGAUCAACCUUUCUAACUAGAGGAACUUUCUUUUUCUUGUAACCUUAAGAUAAGGCACAUACACUGUUAAUAUGUUUUAUAUAUUCUGAUUGUAAUUCUGCAUAAGAUGCAGACAUGUUCUUUUUUGUUAUAAGACCAGUGCUUAAGUUUGAGCUGUAUAUUUUCUUUGCAAUAUUUUAACUCUUGGUGUUCAUUGCAGCGAGUGGUUGGUUAUUUUCUGUGUUAUGGAUGCAAAAGAAGCUUUGUAUACCAGCUACUUUUCUAAAACUGAG